GGAAUGUGUGUGGUGAUGACUUUGCUUUGGGUGUAAAGAAAAGAAGGCAUGCCCCAUGCUUUAAUUUCACUCACAAAACACACAACAAAUAUUUUUACCAGCAAAACAGGAAUAUUACCCAUCAAGCUUUCAACCUUCAACUACCCCUUGCUAUAAAUACUCAGCCUACCUCUCCCUUCCUAUUCAUUCACACAUCACUUUCUACACAGUCGGUCCUCUUGACAAGUUUGCCUUUCUUUCUAAGCAGCAACAAUGGCGGCUCUCUCGGCACUACUUGUUCUGGCUUUUGCCAUGGUCUUUGGCAACUCUGCUGCUGAUCCUGACUUGCUUCAAGACAUUUGUGUCGCCGACCUCGCUGCCGGGGUGAAAGUCAAUGGGUUCGUCUGUAAGGACGCAGCAAAUGCAACAGCAGAGGACUUCUUCACCGCUGGGCUAGCCAAACCAGGCCUCACCAACAACACCUUUGGCUCACUGGUGACUGCAGCCAAUGUGCUCAAAGUCCCAGGCCUCAACACUCUCGGAGUCUCACUGGCUCGAAUCGACUAUGGCCCCGGUGGCAUUAACCCACCUCACACUCACCCCAGAGCUACAGAAAUUGUGUUUGUGCUUGAAGGUGAGUUGGACGUUGGGUUUAUAACCACAGCAAACAAGCUCAUCUCCAAGACCAUCAAGAAAGGUGAAGUCUUUGUGUUCCCAAAAGGGUUGGUUCACUUCCAGAAAAACAAAGGGAAAGUGCCUGCUGCUGUGAUAGCUGGAUUUAACUCUCAGCUGCAGGGCACCGUGAACAUUGCUCUCACAUUGUUCGCCGCCACACCGGACGUGCCGGAUCACGUCUUGACCCAGACAUUCCAGGUCGGCACCAAGGAGGUUGAGAAAAUCAAGUCAAGGCUUGCUCCCAAGGCCUAGAGGCUUUUAAUUUCUCUGUGUUUUGUGUUUGUUUUACAAUUUGAUGGGAAUGUGCCAUAGUUCAUAUUCAUAAGAAGGCAUCGUAUUUUCUUUCUUUCAUAGUCCAAAUUUGUUUGCAUGGUUUAGUUGAUCCGGUGGUUCCUGCAAAAUUGUUUACAUGUUGUAAUUGUGUUUUUGUUCUUCUAGUGGUUCCUAAUAAUACACUUGUCUUUAAACA